AUGCGUGCCGUCGUGAUUAUGGUUACUCUUAUCGAGCUAGGCGGUGCGGCGAGGCAUCGUAGUAAAGCGGAGAUGGACUGGGAUAAAACUCAGAAGGCGACUGACGACCUGAUCGCAAAGGUGAAUGCGGAAAUGAAAACAUUGGGAACGGACCUGGACAGAACGACUAAGCAAGAUAGGAAGGAUUUGGCACUUCUGGAGCAGAGCAGACAGACUGAGGACAA